AUGGGCCGUCCAGGUUUUAGAGAUAAUAAUCGCGGUGGCGGUGGUGGUUUUGGUAGAGGUCGUGGUGGUUUCGGAGAUAAAGGAGGCCGUGGUGGCUUUGGAGAUAGAGGAAAUCGUGGUGGAUUUGGAGAUAGAGGAGGUCGUGGUGGUAGAGGAGGACGUGGUGGAUUUGGAGAUAGAGGAAGCCGUGGUGGAUUCGGAGAUAGAGGAGGCCGUGGUGGUAGAGGUGGAAGAGGAGGUCGUGGUGGACCAAAAGCUGGCUUAGGAAUGAGAGGAGGAAAAAAUGUUAUUGUUGAACCACAUCGUCAUGAAGGAGUUUUUAUUGUAAAAGGAAAAGAAGAUGCUCUUGCCACUUUAAACAUGGUUCCAGGUGACUCUGUCUAUGGAGAAAAACGUGUUUCUGUUGAAACUAAUGGUGUCAGUACUGAAUAUCGUGUUUGGAAUCCAUUCAGAUCAAAGUUGGCUGCUGCUAUUAUGGGUGGUAUUGAAAAUGUUCAUAUUAAACCAGGUUCAAAAUUAUUAUACCUUGGUGCAGCCUCUGGUACCACUGUAUCUCAUUGUUCAGAUCUCGUAGGACCUGAAGGUUUAGUCUAUGCUGUUGAAUUUUCACAUCGUUCUGGACGUGACCUUUUAGGUGUUGCUAAGAAAAGACCAAAUAUUAUUCCAAUCGUUGAUGAUGCUCGUCAUCCACACAAAUACAGAAUGCUCGUUGGAAUGGUUGAUAAUGUCUUCUCAGAUGUUGCUCAAAGUGACAGUACUAGAAUUUUAUCUCUUAAUGCCCAAUAUUUCCUCAAAUCUGGAGGUCAUGUUAUUUUAUCUAUCAAAGCUAGUUGUAUUGACAGUACAGCUCAACCAGAAGCUGUCUUUGCCGAAGAAGCACAAAAACUUAAACAAGAUGGUUUUAAACUCAAAGAACAAGUCAGUUUAGAGCCAUAUGAAAGAGACCACGCUGUAAUUACUGCACAAUUUAAGAAGUAA